AUGGUUUCAGCACGUCAGAAACGUGCUCCACAGCCGUAUAAUAAGUUUGAGACUAUGUCUAAACUAACAGAGUUUGAUGUGAUUAAAAAGAUUGGACAAGGUACAUUUGGUGUGGUGCAGAAAGCGAAAAGCCGAAAGACAAGGGAAUUGGUAGCAUUGAAACAACUUAUAAACCAUUCUGCCAAAGAAGGCUUUCCUAUCACAGCUAUGAGAGAAAUUACUAUUCUUAAGAGUCUCAACCAUGAGAAUGUGUUGAAGAUCACCGGCAUGAUAUAUGAGGAAGCUAAGGCCAAUUCACCUGAAGACGCUGUACGCCAAAGAGGAUGUUUCUAUACGAUAUCACCGUACAUGUCGUUAGACUUGGUUGGUCUAUUAGAGAAUCCACAAAUCAAGCUUACUGAAGCGAUGGUCAAAUGCAUUAUGAAGCAGCUUCUUCAAGGUGUGGAUUAUAUUCACCAAGAGCAUUACUUACAUAGAGACAUCAAGGCUGCUAAUAUCCUCAUUGAUCCACAUGGAGUGGUGAAAAUUGCUGAUUUUGGGCUUGCCAGAAUCUACCAUGGCAAAACGCCUCUAAAAGGUUUGGGCUCUGGAGGUGGAGAGAGAGCAUACACAGCGUUAGUCGUCACGAGAUGGUACAGGUCUCCAGAGUUGCUUCUAGGUGAACGAAAAUACGGCACUGCUGUUGACAUGUGGGGCGUUGGAUGUGUCUUUGGCGAGCUUUUCACGAAGAAACCUAUCUUGGUCGGAUCGUCUGACUCCAAUCAAGCGCAACUUAUUUUUGACAUGGUGGGACCACCAUCUCGCGAGAACUGGGCGAGUGCGUCGCUUCUCCCGAACAAACAGGACCUUAAUAUUGGGUUGACAUGCAAACGUACGCUAGAGCAACGCUUUGUGCCUCUCAUGGGCGAGGUUGGUGUUCUGCUUUUGGAUAAGUUUCUAACGUUAGAUCCUGCAAAGCGCUGGAACGCUCAGGAUGCGUUGGAGCAUGAAUACUUCAGAGUUGAUCCAAAGCCUUUGGCACCAGAGGACAUGCCUGCUUUUGAAGAGAGUCAUGAGAUUGACAGGGAGAGGUUUAAGAGACAAAGGACAGAGGGGCCAGAACCUGAGCUGGAGAAGAAACCCAGGUCAGAACCAUACGUGAGCAGGCUGAACAGGCCUGGGGUUUCCGGUAUAAGAACGAAGCCAGUAAAGCCCAGAUAUUGA